CAACCGCGGCAUUCGCUAAUCACCAGUUGUAGAAGGAAACGGUUUCCUACCUGAGAGUCGGACCGCACCCCGAUCGAGGGCCUCCCUCGAGAACGAUCUCAUGCUCGUAUUCGUGACGGUAGGUUCAACUAGGUUCGAUGCUCUUGUAGAGGCCUCUAUAUCAGAACCUGUCCUUAGUACACUUCGCGACUCGGGUUACGACCGCCUCAUUAUUCAGCGCGGUAAUUCCGUCAUUGAAUCAUCGGAAGAGUUCAACGGAGAGAGUUGUACCAUACAACGACACGGUGUGGAUAUAGAGAUAUGGAGGUUCAAGCCUUUCAUUCAGGCUGAGUGUGAGCAAGCAGACCUCGUCAUCAGCCAUGCUGGAUCAGGAACGAUUCUGGAUGUCCUGAGGCUAGGAAAACCUCUUAUUGUCGUACCCAAUCCAACCCUGUUGGAUAACCACCAAGAGGAGUUAGCAUCCGCCCUUCAGAUCUUGGGUCACCUAAAGGCGACAUCCAUUCAAGACCUCGCAUCGACAAUUGCAUUAUUCGAACCUCGCGACCUAGUUCCGUUUCCUCCCUUCGACGGGACUAAAUUCUCUAAGUUAGUAGAUGAGGAAAUGGGCUUCAUCUAAUAUGUGUUGAGUUUGUGUUGAGGAAGCGAUUGAAGGUAGAUGCUGCACUCAGUACUUUCUCAAUAUUCAUGUCGUA